AUGGACGGCUUCGAGGAGAACAAGAUUAUACAAGACGAAGAGGAGUUCCUUGACGAUGUCGCUGCUUAUCACGAACAGCGAGGCACAAAUUUCGAGCGCGAUGCCAAGGUCGCAGGCAGGCCUGUACCUCUGCACAAACUAUACAAGCUCGUCGUUGAGAGGGGUGGCUAUGAUCGACUGUCGGAUGAGCGCAUGGCUUGGCGGUCCCUUGUCAAACCCUUCGGUUUCAGUCAUCAGCAUGAAGGCGCCAUGACGUUCCAGAUCAAGUCCUUGUACUACCGAAAUCUCGCGGCAUAUGAGAUAGCCAAGUACUGGGGUGAGACGCCGCCUCCAAAAGAAAUCCUUGAAGACAUGACUGCUAAAGGCGGGAAUCUUCGAACGCGAACUCUGGAAAACUAUGGCCCACGGACUGUAGCAGCCGACGGAACCGACUCUGUAGACGAAGAGCAAACGACACCAAAAGUCGAAAAGACAGAGCCAGAAGACCCCGGCAGUGUCGGUAGAUAUCCUUCACGAGCACUUCGACAGGACCCCAAGAGAACACAAUUGUUUCAGCCAGACACGUCUUCAACCCGUGCAAAGCCGACCUACUCACCGCAACCAAUGGCUCAGGUUCCUCAGGCGACAUACUCGAAUGCUGCCGCCGAUCCCAGAAAUGCGUCAUUCAACAUUCAGAACUAUGAACCUCGUCAGCCGAUGCACCUCACUCUGCGCGCUGUCGAGACGCCGGGCAGCAAUGCCGCACUCUUCUAUCACAACAAGGCCCAGCAGCGGGCGAAGGCUUCGAGAGCAUCGAGGGAGGCACCAGAACAGCAGCAGUAUUACCGGCAUGCCAUACCAACAAUGGCUGGACCAAACAUCUACCAGCGCUGUUUGUACGGUCUGAGAUCGGGCAUACCAGAAGAGCAACAUUUCGCGCUGCAUCACUUGGUCAAAGUUUCCUACGAACGUGGUGACAAGUACAAAUUCGAUGGCUUUUCUCUGCUUGCAGAAUCCUUGCUCGACAAAGUCUUGGAAAUUCUGCCACUCGUAUAUGGAGUUACAUGGCGAGUCUCGUAUGAUGAACAGGAGGGUCAAGCCGCAGAGAACACCUUAAACGCCGCAUAUGGAACACCUGAUCUGCUCAGUCGUUUAAAGAGAUUGACAGCUUCUACCGAUUUCUCCGUGCCUCAGCUUGACACCCUCGAGAAGAUCAUCGAAGCUGCCCUGGUCAUCCGAAACAUGUUGACGCUGGAGGAGAAUGCCCGGUUCCUUGCACCUUUCCGCGUGUUCAGAGAUUUUCUCACCAUCGCCGUCACCCUGCCAGACGUCCCCCAACUGGCAGAAUUUCGACGAUAUGCGCUCGAGAUGGCUAGCUGGACCACACGAUACUGGGAGAUGUCAGAACGGGACGAUCUUUACGUGUCGCUGCUCAAAUACCUCGAGAGUAGCGACCGAACCCUUCUGCUCUUCGCACUACAAGCAAUCAUACGAAUCGGCAUCGAACUGGAGUCUACGUUUCGCGUUCUUGGCGUGCCCCAGCAUUCUGUUGAGCGUCUUAUCUCGCUAUUGCUUGUUGAGGUUGAUGACGAGCUUCUGGAGUCUGUCAUGGACUUCAUAUACGAGUUCACCGCCAUAUACGAAAACAAUCACCAGGUACUAGGAACUCAACCGGAACUAUACUCCAACUUGAUCUCGAGACUGGUGAUCCUUUUGAAUCACAAUCCGACAACCUCAGAAGAACAAAUUUUGAGCCGGCCCAAGGCACAGAAAGCUCCUUCGCAGGCAUCUAUUCCUGUGCUCCCUCAGGAACUACUCAACUCACUACUGCAGCUGCGAGAGCCUCAACGAUCAUCCGCUUGGCUCAACUGCUGCUUCGAAGAAUCGCGUGAGGAUGACAUCACACAAAUCGCAAUCUGGCAAGCUUACCAAAGUCGCUUUGCACAGUAUAACCCAAUUCCUGCAGCCGAGUUCAUCAAGAACGUGUCGAACACCUUUACCACAGCUCAGGCACAGGUCAUUAGCGGUCCCCAGCCUCGAUUCAUCAUCAAAGGUAUCCGUCCUAGAAGAAUUUUGGUUGACCUCAAGAAUCAGCAUUACUUUCGGUGCUACUGGGAAACCGAAAGAGUCGAAGGUAACGAGAGUACCCAGCGUCAUACAUGCAACGUCUGGGCAUCGUCCAGAAAAGCGGUGUGGACGCAUAUACUACAGGAUCAUCUAUCUUUGCCUGUGAACUCAGAUGGCGCCUUCGAAAGUGCUAGCGAGGGCGAGUACCGAUGCAGAUGGCAUGGCUGUCUGCGGACCGCACCUUUCAGUAAGGCGACCGACAUCGGCAUUCACGUCCGGUCACACAUUCCUGAGGAUACAAAAGCGAUGGACAAGCUUAUCUACGACCUGGCUGGAAUGGGAGUGGAGAAGGAGCCUGAAGUCACAAAGCAUACCUCAUAUUAUACCUCAAUCGACGAGCAGGGACAGCCGAUGGGGAUCGCUUUCAUGAGCGUCAUGAUCCUGCGAAAUCUCGCGCGUUUUGCCAACAAGCAUGGACAUGAAUACCAGCGGAAGGAUUCGAAGCUCAUGGACAGACUGUUCGCAGGCGACAGCCACAAUCUCUGGCAUGCUUUCACCAUGAACAGAACUUUGAGACCUUGGGUGGGCCAAUUACUUGCUAUGAUUGCGAAAGGCGACGAUCCACGCAGCAAGAAAAGAGAGCGAGAAGAUGACGAUGAAUAG